GUGUGGAUCUGUAGUUUUUCAGACUUCCGGAAAAUGUUGUGAUUGUGUGAUGUGAUAAAAAAAUAACACUGACAAAUUUAACGCAAUAAGUGCUGACAGAAAGUAUUGGAUAAAAUUGUAAUUCCAAACGCUUAUAACUUAAACGCCUAAAGGGUUUUGAAACAGCUCUAGUUUAUAAACCACAACUUAUUACACUUAACUUUUAUCAUGUUUUUUCCUGUAAUUUAUUCUAACUCAACUGUAAAACAUGUAUCAACACUAUUCCUCCCUCUACAGUCAAAGCUCCGUUCUAACAGCAAUGUGUGAAGCUCUCCUCCACAUUUGAGCCGUUUGUCCGUCUAUUAAUACCCCAGGCCCCUAAACCGGAGCGCGGUGCACAGCUGCGCUCGUGUCUCUAUCUCCAGUGACUACAUUUGGACUGACAGCGCGUGGAGGGGGACAGUGGGGAGGGCUCGCUCAGACCCACUCGGACUCGGAGCACGUACCGAGAAUCUCCAACUCUACAAAUGAGCUAAGAUUCUUACUGCUCCUAUGGGAUCCAGUGUAGGAUUUCCCCCUUCUGAUUUUGGACACUCACCAUCACCCUCACUCUAAAUGCUGUGGAAAUAUUUUGGGUAAGCCCAUCGAAAUCUCACUGAGGGACAGACGGACCAUGGAGAACCCGGUUUUGGAGCCACGAGCAGAACGCAUCGCUCGGUACAAAGCGGAAAGGAGGCGAGAGCUGGCCGAGCGCUAUGGGGUGGUGGAGGAACUGCCCACGAAGUGGACGAGGAGAGGGGGCAGGGAGGGCAGGGAGGGGCAAGACGGCAACAGGGGUAUGGUCAGUUCAGAAAGUGCCCCGGCGCUCACAGAGAGACUUCACAGCAGGACGAGACCAGUGUCCAACGGGCUACAGCCAGAGGAGAUCAGCUACCACAGAAGGCCCCAGGACGGUGCAGAGGGGGAGGGUUUGGCUGAUGGCCCCCAGCUCCACACCAGAGUCUCAGUGGGGCAGCUGAGAAGUGCCCUCCUCCAACAGAGCGGGACAGGAGUGCAGCCUGACCACAUCAGUAGUCCCGUGGCUGCCUCUGCCUCUCUGGACCUGGCUGUUGGGCCGGGCUCAGAGGGGGCACGGAGACGCACACGGCGCUACCUCCCCUCUGGGUCAGCCUCUGUCUCCCGAAAAACCAGCGAUCGGUUCAGGACGCAGCCAAUCACAGCCAACGAGAGGGAGCAGAGCAGUGGAAUCCUGGAUGAAGUGGAAGAGGAGGACUCCAAAGGUGAUGUUAAAACAGAUGACAGGGCCAAGAUGAGUGUGGCAGCCAAGAUGUCUCUGUUCAAAGAACUGGAGAAGUCCGCCCCAGCUCCCCUGAAGCCGCGCUCUGGGAGUGUGAACCACGAGCGAAGAACCAGAAGGAACCAUGACCAAAGGUUUCUGACGCAGCCCAUCACCUGUGAGGAGAUGGGGGCAGUAAGUUCCCCCAAACCAGCCCCAGCAGCAGCAGAUCCAGGGCCCUCAGAGCCAGAGCCAGUGGAGGACGAGAGCUGUAAGAUGAGCAUGAGCGAGAAACUGGCUCUGUUCAACAAACUGUCCCUGCCGGAGAAGAUGGCAGGUGCCCCUGUCGAUCCUGCCCCUGACAGGCGCAGGCAGAAGGGGGCUCGGUACCGUACCCAGCCCAUUACUGUGGAGGAGGUCAAUCUGCUCCAGAAAGGCCCAGUGCAGCUCCCUGCUUUCUCCCUGGCUCCUCAUCUCUCAGACAGACAGCAGGCUCUGUCCAUCAACCUCAAACCCAGCGAGGUCCGCCUGUCACAGCCAAAACUGGACCCGAGCUCUGAAUGCUUUUCUACUCCACCAAACCAACUGCCCCAAUUGCCUCAACUACCCCGCACUGAGUCUGAACCAGCUUUGAGGAGCAUCUUAAAGAAAAGUCGCUCUGGAGGAUCUGAUUGGUCCAGGACUAGCAGCUGUAGCCAUAACGACACGCCUGUUAUACCUGAGCAAAAUGGCGGUGACACUGAUGUUAUGAUGAGGAAAGAGGAGAGACAGGAAAUGACAUCACUGCAGCAGGGGGCGAGCGUGGACGGGGCAUCUCCGAGUAGAGUUCCAUGGCGACAGCGUGGGCGGGGCCGAAGAGAAACAAUCGCCUGUACACCAACAAGACCUGAGACAAACCAGGAAGUGACUCAAACUGAGAGACACGGUGCCUCUCCUGUCCAGAGGAAUGACCAUGACAGCAGUGUGAGGAAUAGAGAAACAUCAAGAGGACAAGCUCCAAAACAUGACAGCAGCACUCAACCAAAACAGGUCACCAAUGGCACCAGGACUAAGGACGACUCAGACAUUGCACAAGGCGACAGCAGUGACACUCCUCAGUCCUGGAAAAGUCAGUCUUUUGAGGCCCAGGAGGUGGCAUCACCAACAAAUUCCUCUUCUCAGCCUCUGUGGAGAAAGAAGGGGAGCGAUGAGGAGUCCAAUGGUGCAAAGCCUGAAGUAACACGUGAGCAGAAGAGGAGUGCAGGGUCUCCAGUGGAGGAACAGAGGGAUGAAAGAGAUGCAGAAUUUGAAGCAUGUUUACCCAAAGACACAGCUGCCCCUGAGGAGGUGAGGGAGAUGUCGACCACCUGUGAACCACGCCCCUCUGAUGGAGGGUUUCAUGGCGACCAGCCCCCUUCCCUCCCCUGUGCUCCCCCUCCAAGAGACUCCUCCGCCUCAGACUCACAGGACCUGUUCUGUCAGACCAACACCCCCACCCUGAGCUCGGCGGUAGCAGAGCACAGACGCUCUGUGCGCCCGUCCCGCCGCACUCAGGGCUCCAGGAACCCGCUCCGAGCACUCGCCGCCAGAGAAGAUCUCCAGUCAGACUUUAUGGGAGAGUCUGCCGAGGAGAGGCUGCAGGCUCAACAGAAAUCAAAGAACUGUUCGAGUCACUCACAAGCCUCUCGAUGUGAAGAUGUCUCCCGUGUGCCCUAUAAAAACCUAAUGCUUAUUCUCUUAAAAGGAAGGCGGCAUGUUCAGGUCAGACUGGUGGAGCCCUCUGUCAGGUCUCUCAAUAGUGGAGACUGCUACCUGCUGGUCACUCCGGAGCACUGCAUCGUGUGGAGUGGAGAGUUUGCCAAUGAGCAAGAGAAAGCCAAGGCCCAUGAUCUGGCCCUCCUGGUUCAGAGUCAGGGGGACUUGGGCUGUGGGGCGUCCCAGGUCGUGCAUCUGGAGGAGGGACUGAACGCGGACAGCGCCCUGGGAGCAGACUUCUGGAGCCUGUUGGGAGGACGCACACAGUACAGAGGAGCUGGUGCGGUGGAAGAGGAUGAGCAGUUUGAGAGAGGAGUGACUGAGUCAAACUGUGUGUAUCGUCUGAUAGAGGACAGACUGGUGCCUCAUGAAGAGGCCUGGGCAUGUGUCCCCUCUGUGUCCCUGCUCCACUCCAGUGAGACUCUGGUGUUUGACUUUGGAAGUGAGGUCUACCUAUGGCUGGGGGAGGGCGUGUCCCAGAGCAAGAGGGGUGUGGCUUUACAGUUGGCUCAGCAGGUGUGGGCAGGGCCAUACGACUACAGCAACUGUCGAGUCAACCCCCUGGACCCUACACAGAGCAACCCCACUGUGCAGCUGAGGGGGGAGGGGCGUCCUGGAUGGGCCCUGUUCAGCCUCAUGUCCCAACACAGUGAGACCUCUUUGUUCAGGGAGAAGUUUCUGGACUGGACCAGGAGUGGAGUCAAAACUGCCCCUUUACCUGCCCAUGUACUUGCCCCUGCCUCUGCACCUGCUCCUGCGCCAGCCCCUGCACCUGCUCCUGCGCCAGCCCCUGCGCCAGCCCCUGCACCAGUGACAAAUGAAACGCAGUCACAGCCCCCCUCCUCAGACCCCCUCAGCCCGUGUGAUGCUAAAGCUCUAGUCUCGGGACAGUCCGCAGAGGAAGACGUGGUGGUGCACAGCGUUCUGGGCGGCGUGGACGUGCAGAGGGGUCAUGGGGUCAUCUCUCUGGAUGACGGGCAGCAAGCGGAGCUCAACACUUUGGCUGUGGACACAUGGCUCGUUCAGGAGUUUGACGAUACUGAAGUCCCUGUGGAGUGCACGGGACAGCUACAUGAGGGGGAGUCCUAUGUGAUCCGCUGGACUUACACAUUCAACUGCACUGAUAAAUUAAACGGUUUGGACUCCGGUUUGAAGGAAAACACAGCGUUCUUUUUGUGGCGUGGCCGUCACUCCAGCGUCACAGGGAGAGACACUGCUGCUUUCCUUGCCAUCGGGACCAACCACCAGGAGGCAGCACAGGUUGUGGUGCCUCAGGGAAGAGAGCCCCCGUGUUUCCUGCAGCUGUUUAAAGGAGGUCUGGUCAUUCACAAAGGCACUCGAGAAGAAGCCUCCUCCAGAACAGGAGAUUGGCGUCUGUUUGUUGUGAGAGGGGAGCUGCCAGAGGAGGCCUCACUGACGGAGGUGGACUGCUGCUGCGCUGGACUCAGAUCCAGGGGCUCUGUAGUUCUGCUCCACAGUCAGCAGGGGGUAGUAUAUCAAUGGACCGGCUGCAAAGCUCAGGCCAGCACCAGAGAGGUCACCAGGAGGACAAUGGAGCGGCUAACUCAGAUGAGCCCUCCUGAGCUGGGGUUGAGCCGAGGGAGCCAGUUGAGGGUGCAAACAGUGGAGGAAGGAUCUGAACCUGCAGAAUUUUGGGCUGCACUUGGACACAUGGACCGAAAGGCUUAUGACUGCAUGCUACAAGAUCCAGGCAAAUAUAACUUCACUCCCCGCCUCUUCCACUUGGGGGCAUCCUCGGGGGGUUUUAAGGGUGAAGAGCUUCAGAGUCCGAGCAGGAUGCCAGGGGUCGUCAUGGCGAUGCCCUUUGUCCAGGAAACUCUCUACUCUGCCCCACAGCCUGCUUUGUUCCUCCUUGAUAAUCGUCUGGAGGUUUACCUGUGGCAGAGAGGGCAGCCUGAGCACAAUGAGCGGCGGUGUGCAAUGCAAACAGCCCUGCAAUACUGCAAAGAAAUGAAUCCAAGACGCCCGCCCCAGGCAUAUUUCAUCUAUGAAGGGACUGAACCGCUUACUUUCACCAAUGUGUUUCCAAACUGGGACAGGAGCCUGGGAUCCCAAACACAGGGUGAGGUGGGGCGGGUGAAGCUGACUUUGGUGCAGGACGCCUUGGCUCAGCUCAUGAAGACUCAGUACCCCCUGGAGGAGCUUUGUCACAGCCCUUUACCUGAGGGAGUGGACCCCCAGCAUCUGGAGGUCUACCUGUCCGACCAAGACUUCCAGACUCUUUUGGAGAUGAAGAGAGAUGAGUACGCGUCUCUGCCGAGCUGGAAGCAAAUUGAUCUGAAGAAAAGCAAAGGGCUGCUGAGUUAGACAAACAAAACCACUCCACUCAUCUACAGACGAGAGUUAGAAUUAUUAUUACUAUUAUUAAAGAACGGCACACACUGUAAUAAAAGAAAAGAAAGCUCAUUUAUUUAUCACAUCAGGACGUGUGGGUUUCUCUGUUGCAUUGUUCCCAGUGAAAUAGAUUUUCAUCUUGUGUCAGUACAAAUUAAAGGCCCUGCAUCUGAUUUUUUUAACCAUGUCUUGCCCCAGUUCAGAUGUAUCUGAGGUCGAAAUAGGUCUGCUGUGUACUGUCUGCAUCUAUUUAGAAACCAUUUUAUUGUUUAUUGUGUUAGCAUGCUAGCUUUUACAUGGCAAAACUCCACAGUCGUCUCUGAGGGUUGUGAAAAUAGCUUAUAAACUCACCACAGUGAAUAAUUAAGAUGCUCAGAAUGAUUAACUUUGGGCCACUGCAAACCUUUUAGAAUGAAUUAUUUCUGUUUUUCAUGUUUUUAAGACAGUAAAAAUCAGGUACAGUGCCUUUAAUGAAAGAAAAAAACAUGAGAAUAAAUGCAUUUCAGUAACAAGAAAAAACUGUUUACAAAGCCUACUAAAAUAUACAACAAAAAAGCUCUCCCAUAUAUAUUUGAAUGCUAUUUUUUUUUGGUAUUUUACAAUCACGUUUCUUCACACACGUUUUUGCCUUGAGUGUACAAAUCAUUGUGAUGUGCCAUGUAUAUUGUAGCUAGUUCACUUAUUGACAUUGCAUUACAAAAGAUUCCUAUGGGAUGUCCUAUUAGCUAUGCAUGGGAGAGCAGGUAGACAUGCUCCAGUAACACCCAGCAUGCUAAUUCUGCUUUCCCCAUUUUAAAGCAAUAUAAAAGAGCCUUGUGACAGUCGGACUUUCUCACUGAUUGUGUGAAAAAAACGAAACAAAUAUUGGUGUAUUUCAUUAUUUAUGUACUUUUUGUUCCUGGCCACUUGUAGAUACAGCUCAACAGCACAUAUGCCUUCUCAUUGUAAUGUUUUAUUAAAGAUAUUUUUCUUCUUGCAA